AUGACUACUAAUGUUAUAGAUAUGGCCAAAUAUGUCAAUGGCUCAAAUGAAACUUUUCAAGAUAUUGAAUUGCAACGUGGUAGAAAAAACAAUAAUAACGACUACGAGGAAAGUACUGAUACAGUUCAUACUAGAGCUGUGAAUAAGAGACAAAAGCUCAUUAGAGACAAUUUAGCCGACUUUAAACCAGGAUCUAUCAUUAAAAUAAAGCUGCAUAACUUUGUGACUUAUGAAUUCACAGAAUUUGAUCUUUCCCCAUCACUGAAUAUGAUUAUUGGUCCUAAUGGUUCUGGUAAAUCAACAUUUGUGUGUGCUGUAUGCCUAGGGUUAGCAGGUAAGCCUGAGUACAUAGGUAGAAGUCGUAAUGUUGAUGAUUAUAUUAAGAAUGAUGAAGAGCAUGGUGAGAUUGAAAUUACUUUAAAAAAUUCAGAAGCAAUUCAUGAUGUGGAGGGCGUUUUAGAAGGGUCAGAUACUAUCACUAUAACAAGAAUUUUGACACGUUCAAAAAAAAAAUCAGAAUAUAAGAUAAACGAUAGUUUAGUUACGGAGGCUACGGUAAAGGAGCUAGUAUCACUAUUGAAUAUUCAAUUAGAUAAUUUAUGCCAGUUUUUAUCACAAGAACGUGUAGAAGAGUUUGCACGUUUGAAAUCUGAAAGAUUAUUAGAAGAAACGGUAAGAUCAAUUGACCCAAGUUUAUUAACAAUAUUAAAUAAUUUAAAAGAACUUCAAACAACUGAACUUGAUAUUCAGACAGAAGUUACCAACGAUAACAAUAAGUUAGGAAGUUUGAGGAAAAGAAGAGAAAAAUAUGAGAAAUCAGUCGCUUCCUAUGAAGUAUUUAAUAAAACAAAACAUUCACUUCAAGUUAACACCAAAUUAUUACCUUAUGCUAAAGUAAACGAAUACAAAGAUCAAUUCAAAUCAUUGAAAGAAGAAUACAAAGCAGCCAAAAAAAAAUUAAAGGCCUUACAACAGGACAAAGAACCAUUUAAUAGGGAAAAAGAUAUACUAGAGAGAAAAUUAAUCGACACAGAAAGGAGAACUUCUUCUACAUUAAUAUCAUUUCAGAAAGCAAAAGAUAACCUUAAACUAGCAACCAAAGAUCUUAACGACAUUCAAGAGUCAAUACAUACAAAGAAAAAACAAAUCGAAUAUUAUAAGAAUAGAACAAAGCUAUUAUCGAUAAAAAUAAAUGAGAGUAAAGUUGAAAUUGAGAAUAAACAAGAUAUUCUUGGCAACUUACCACCAUUUGAUGAUGUGCAUUUCAACGAUCUACGUUCUCAAAGUUCACAAUUGAUUACAAAAGAAGGUGAUAUUGAAGCUAAUAUUAGAUCAUUGAGAUCAAAGUCUAAAUCCAUCGAGCAUGAGAUAAAUAAUCUUUCAAGAUUAGAAAGCAAUAAAUCGAAACUAUUAACAAGUAAAGACAGAAUUGGUAUUUUAGACCAAGGCGCUAGGGAUCUUCAGGAAGUGAAAAGAGCUGUAUUGUACUUGAGACAAAAGCCAGAAAUGAAAGGUAAAAUUUUAGAACCUCCAAUCAUGACAGUUUCAGUUUCAGAUCCAUCGUAUGCAUCGUUUUUAGCUCAAUGUGUUGAUUAUAAUACAUGCAAAGCUUUCACUAUUAUAGACUCAGAAACAUACAAUUUAUACGCAGAUCAAAUUUUAAAACAAUUUAAAGUCAAUUUAAGAGAAAUGAGACCUAUAACAUCCGAACCACCUCUAUCUAGGGCUGAAAUUCAAUCUUUGGGAUUUGAUGGCUACCUAAAAGAUUUUGUAAGGGGAGAUGAAAAUGUAAUCCAUAUGCUUUGCCAAAUUAGCAAUAUUCAUCUGAUCCCUGUUUCUAAAAAAGCAUUAACUCCACAACAAUUAAAGAAAUUAACAGUUCCAGAUGCAAAUGGUCAUUUAUUGUUUAGAAGAAUUCUACAUGGUAACAGAAUAAUGGAUAUAAAUAAAUCAUCAUAUGGGAGCAAACAAGUUUUUACUAGAGAUGGUACCAUUAGAGAUACUAAAUUUUAUAGAGAAUCUGUGAUCGCUCGUGAUUUUGCUGCUAAAAUAAACUCAGAAAUUUCACAGAUAAAACAAAGAAUCAAAGAAGGUAAAGAACAUUUAGAAACAGUAAUUCAAGAGGAGCGUGAAGAAAGAAAAGAAAAGUAUGAAUUAGAGAAGCAAAGAGAAAGCAUAUCAAAGGAGUUAAAGAAAUUGAAUAAUCUCCAGAAAGAACAUUCAUAUCUAAAAAGUACCAUUGAAUCAUUAAAUCAGAAAUGGAAACAACUAGAACAUGAAUCGAAAAAAGAUACUAGGCAUAAGAUAAAAGAUGACGAGAAUGCCAUUAUAUCUUUAUUUGAAAAACAAUCCAAGACUUUAGCAAAAUAUGUAACAAUAACAGAAACUAUAAACGAGUAUCAGGAAGAAUUGAUGACUUCUGAAAUUUCCCAUUAUGAAUACUUAAAUUUAUUUAAUUCCAUUGGUGAAGUAAUAAAAAUGUUAAAUGAUCGUGAGAUUGAAUUUAAUAAUGAAUAUUUAGAAAAAAAAGAGAACUUUGAAAAGAUGAAAACAUCUGAGAAUUUUAAAGCAUGGACUUCGGAAAUUGCCUCUUAUGAUGAACCUACGAAAGCCAUAUUAAAUGAAUUUGCUAAAGAGUACAAUAGCAAGGAACAAUUUACUGUUCAAUUCUUAAACGAUCAAAUCUCCAAAUUGGAAUCAGAACUUGCUCUUUUAAAUAGCGAUGGGUCCUCCAUUGAAAUUUUGGCGCAAAUUAAACAGGAGCUAGAGUCACUGGAAAAGAAUUUGCCUGCAAAAGUUAUUAAAUUGAAUAAGAUAAAAGAAACUAUGGCCACCAAUAGAGAAAUUUUGGAACCAAGAUUAGACGAUAUUAUUAAUAAAAUUUCGAAUCGUUUUUCUCAACUGUUCAUCAAUGCAGGAAGUGCAAGUCAAAUUGUUUUAGAUAAGCCUAUAUUAUAUGCUGAUUGGAAAAUACAAAUAUUGGUGAAGUUUAGAGAUAAUGCUGAUUUGAAACCAUUAGACUCACAUACACAAUCUGGUGGUGAGAAAGCAGUCUCAACCGUAUUUUAUAUGAUUGCAUUACAAGAAUUCACUAUUGCUCCCUUUAGAGUGGUUGACGAGAUUAAUCAAGGUAUGGAUCCGAGGAAUGAAAAGAUAGUGCACCAAUCGAUGGUAGAAAACGCAUGUGCAGAUAACACCUCUCAAUACUUCUUAAUCACACCAAAACUAUUAACUGGUCUAUUUUAUCAUGAAAAGAUGAGAGUCCAUUGUGUGAUGGCAGGACCUUGGAUUCCUGAUCCAUUAAAAAAUCCACAUGCUCUUCAUUUGGGGAACCCAUCUAAGUACACUUUCUAG